CAGCAGAGUGUAUGCGACUGGUUGGAGGCGAGGAAGGGAGUAAAGGUGCAGCAGAACUGGGUGGAGGCCUGUCUGGAAUGGAUAGAACAGGAGGAGGGCGGUGGUGUUCCGAUGGCUAGUUUGAGAGAGAUGGUCUACGGGCAGUUGCUGCAUGCGGACCUCAGGGAUGUAGUGGUCCAGCCUUGCAUACCAGCCUCUGUUCCACAACAACAGACUACUACCAUCACCGGACACUUCAUCGUUCAGGUUGAUUCGCUCGUUGAUGUGGGAGCUGCUGCCUAUGCACAGCUCCAGAAGAUAAAGGGCCAGUCACUUGAUGAUGUAGACACCAAGAAAAAUUUUGAGCCCAAGCCAACUCGCCUGCUGCUUCUCUCGCUGACUGAUGGAGUAACAGACUUUCAAGCCAUGGAGUACCACCCCAUACCCCAGCUGACUACUGAUCUUACCCCGGGAGCCAAGUUGGUGUUACGAGGAACCAUAGGUUGCCGACUGGGGACACUGCUCCUGAGUGGUGACCAGGUGGAGCUACUGGGGGGAGGAGUUGAGUCACUGGCCGGGAUCAACCGGCAGUCCAGAGUCCUAGCCAGAGCUCUGAAUGAUGAAUCUCUGGCUGGAGAGGGAGGUACUACAGAGAGUGGGCCACCUCCUACAACUGGGUCUAGCUCCGCCGGACCUCCUGCCAGGUCUACUGGGAAUGAGCAGUUACAGGAAGACAAU